AUGCCAGGACGCUUAGAAGGCAAGGUUGCUAUUAUCACCGGGGCAGGCUCGGGAUUCGGAUACGGCAUCGCAAAGAAGUUUGUCGAAGAGGGCGCUCAGGUGGUCAUCGCAGAGCUGUCGACAGAUAACGGUGAGAAGGCCGCAGCAGAAUUGAACGGCAAAUUCGUCUUGACGGAUGUGACGAAGAGAGAGUCCUGGCAGGCACUACUUCAGACCACACUGGACACAUACGGGAAGCUCGAUAUCGUUGUGAACAAUGCCGGUGCAACAUACCACAACAAGCCCACUGCCGAUGUCACCGACAUCGAUUUCGACUUGUGCAUGAAUGUCAAUAUAAAAUCUAUCUACCUUUCUACGAGCGUUAUCAUCCCCUACUUCACUGAGAAUAAUCGUCCUGGCUCGUUCAUCCAAAUCUCUUCCACUGCUGCCCUCCGUCCUAGACCUGGCUUGACCUGGUACAAUGCUUCCAAAGCAGCUGUGAGCAACGCAACUAAGACGUUGGCCGUGGAGUAUGGGCCUAAGAAUAUUCGAUUCAACUGUGUUUGUCCAGUGGUUGGUAGUACAGGAAUGACACAUUUAUUCCUUGGAAAGCCGGAUACAGAAGAGAAUCGAGCAGCAUUCGUCUCCACCGUGCCACUUGGUCGACCCAGCACCCCGGCCGAUGUGGCCAAUGCUUGCAGCUAUCUUGCGAGUGAUGAAGCAAACUUUAUUACCGGUGUCAAUCUGGAGGUUGAUGGAGGUCGCUGCGUUUGA